AAAGGCUGGGGACUGGGAGGCGUAGGGACCCGCCUUCCCGACCGCCCCAGCAACUCGCGUUAGGGACCAGCGAGGGAACUUUCUUCGCGGACGAACCCUGGUGGUACCGGGACGGCGCCCCGCGCCUCGGCCUCGCGUCUCCCAUCCCCGCCGCCCGGGGUCCCCCGAACCUCCGGGAGACCGAGCCCGGGCUGUCGGCGCGUCCGGGGGGCGGCGGGGUGGGGGUGCCCGGCCCCGGGGAGCGCGGCAUGCAGUCCCUGAACGUCACCCCCGAGCAGCUGUCCCGGCUGCUGCGGGGCCACAACCUGAGCCGCGAGCAGUUCAUCGCGCGCUACGGGCUGCGGCCGCUGGUCUACACGCCCGAGCUGCCGGGGCGCGCCAAGCUGGCCCUGGUCCUCACGGGCGUGCUCCUCUUUGCCCUGGCGCUCUUCGGCAACGCGCUGGUGGUCUACGUGGUGACCCGCCGCAGGGCCAUGCGCACCGUCACCAACAUCUUCAUCUGCUCCCUGGCGCUCAGCGACCUGCUCAUCGCCUUCUUCUGCAUCCCGGUCACCAUGCUCCAGAACAUCUCCGACACCUGGCUGGGAGGAGGCUUCAUGCUGGUUGUGGAGCCUAAUGCAGGACUUGAAAUAAUGACCCUGAGAUCCAGACCUGAGCUGAGGUCAAGAGUUGGAUGGAUGCUUAAAGGACUGAGUUACCCAGGUGCCUUCAUUUGCAAGAUGCUGCCAUUUGUCCAGUCUACUGCUGUCGUGACAGAAAUUCUCACCAUGACCUGCAUUGCUGCAGAAAGGCACCAGGGACUUGUGCAUCCUUUUAAAAUGAAGGGACAGUACACCAACAGGAGAGCUUUCACCAUGUUAGGUGUGGUCUGGCUGGUGGCGGUCAUCGUCGGAUCGCCCAUGUGGCACGUGCAACGCCUUGAGAUUAAGUAUGACUUCUUAUAUGAAAAAGAACACAUCUGCUGUUUGGAAGAGUGGGCCAGCCCUGCACACCAGAAGAUCUAUACCACCUUCAUCCUCGUCAUCCUCUUCCUCCUGCCUCUUAUGCUGAUGCUUAUCCUAUACAGUAAAAUUGGUUAUGAACUUUGGAUAAAGAAAAGAGUGGGGGAUUGCUCAGUGCUUCGAACUAUUCAUGGAAAAGAAAUGUCAAAAAUAACCAGGAAGAAGAAGCGAGCUGUCAUUAUGAUGGUGACAGUGGUGGCUCUCUUUGCUGUGUGCUGGGCACCUUUCCAUGUAGUUCACAUGAUGAUGGAAUACAGCAAUUUUGAAAAGGAAUAUGAUGAUGUAACAAUCAAGAUGAUUUUUGCUAUAGUGCAAAUAAUUGGAUUUUCCAAUUCCAUCUGUAAUCCUAUUGUUUAUGCAUUUAUGAAUGAAAACUUCAAAAAAAAUUUUUUAUCUGCAGUUUGUUAUUGCAUAGUAAAAGAAACCUUAUCUCCAGCACGUAGACAUGGAAAUUCAGGAAUUACAAUGAUGCAGAAGAAAGCAAUAUUUUCCCGAAGAGAGAAUCCUGUAGAGGAGACCAAAGGAGAAGCAUUCAGUGAUGGCAACAUUGAAGUCAAAUUAUGUGAACAACCAGAGGGGAAAAAAUAUCUCAAAUGACAUCUUGCCCUGUUCAGUUCUGAACUUUCUGAGAAUUCUGCUUUAGGCAGUGGGCACUAAUUAUAACACUGUUUUCAUAAUUAGUACCAUUCAUAGCUUAAUCAGAAGAGAAAAUUAUUUGAGCAAAGGUUGAAGACUUUUUUAUUCUCACAGUGAUGAAAAGAAGGAAACAAACCAUUUUUUCAUUAAAAAUAUACAUGAAAAAAUAUAUAUACAUGAAAACACAGUUUUGAAAAAUUAGUAAGCCAUCCUUCUAGAUUAUAAAAAUCAACUUAAAGAAAAAACUUGUACAGAAAUACAUGUUCUUGGGUAGUAGUUUUUCCCCCAAUUCAGUCAAUGUAAUGUGACUCUUUUAUUUUAAAGAUUUGUUUUUUUAGA